AUGACCGUCGCGCAGCAGGGCCCGCCGCAGAUCCGGUUCCCGCGUACGCUCCGUACGGUCGGGGAUCUUUAUCAGCUUUGGCGCCACGGGCUCGCUAUGAUGCCCUCCAUUGACGAGCUGGAGAAGCAGUGGGGCUCGCAAUGGCGCCCGCGUAACGAGCGGCAGAUCUUCUCCAUGCGGAAGGUCGUUAUGGAUGGGGUCGUACGGCUCGCCGGCACCAGGGGGUGGCCGGAAGAGGACGCGGUCCAGGAAGUCGAAAAGCAGCGCAUGGAGGGCGGUAACCUGUCGCUAGAUGCCCCUGCAAAGCACAUCAAGGCGACCCGGAAGUCGUAA